AUGUACUAUUGUUUCAUUUCAGAGUAUCGGAUGGUUAAAGUUGAAGAUUUGCCGUUCUCCGUGCUCGUUUUGAAAGUAGAGCUUCUAACGGAAACACUCGGCAGUGAGAAGGAAUUUAGCUUGAUUAUUGGCGAAGCUUUGCGGACAGUUCUCGGCAAUUGUGGGCCAUCGUUUGAGAUCAUCGAUUUUAACGAUCACACGCAAAAGGGGAAAGUAAUUGUUGAACGAAAGGACCUGAAUACCGUUUGGGCAGCGUUGUCGAUUUACGGAAAAACAACCGCUGGACGAAAGAUUGCUUUUCAUAUAAACGAGAUUACUGCGAACGCUCACAAGGAACCACUCUACAGC